AUGGAAAGAGAGCUAGAAGAACUGCAAUCCUUAGGGCUCUUUGGCAUCUACAGAGAAGCCUGCAUGAUCAUCUUCAAAUGGAGAAGAAUCUUCAGCCAAAUCACCCUAUCUCUGGUUCUCCCUCUCUCCGUCAUCUUCCUCGCCCACAUCGAAUCAAACGUACUUCUCUCAAGAAUCUUUCACAUGGAAUUUGUAAUACACAGUACAAGAGCAGACAGUCCAAUCCACAGAGCUUCUAUCAUAGAGUCUCAUCGGAGUGGGCCUAUUUCUGGCUUUUCAACUCGUGAAGUGACUUUCAAGAAGGUCAUGAGAGUAGUUCCUAAGGUCUGGAAGAGAUUAAUGGUCACUUUUCUCUGCACUUUCCUCGUCUUCUUCGUCUAUAACUUGGUCGCAGUGCUUAUCUUCUUCAUCUGGGCUAUCACUGAUGGGGGCAACACCAUUGCUGUGGUGAUUUUCUUCAUCAUUUUGAUAUGUUACGUAGUUGGAUUUGUGUAUUUGACCAUUCUUUGGCAGUUGGCUAGCGUUGUAUCAGUCUUAGAAGACACAUAUGGAUUCAAAGCAAUGAUCAAGAGCAAGGAACUGAUAAAGGGGAAGAUGUGGGUCGCAAUUGUUUUCUUCUUCAAGCUGAAUUUCUCUCUCUACGCGAUACAAUAUGUGUUUCAAUAUUUUGUUGUGUAUGGAUGGCCAUUGAGGUCUGAGUACAGAAUUGGAGUUGGGUUAUUGUGUUUCUUGUUGCUUUUGAUGUUGAUUCUCUUUGGGUUGGUGAUUCAGACUAUAAUCUACUUCGUCUGCAAAUCAUACCACCAAGAAAGCAUCGAUAAGUCAGCGCUUUCCGAACAUCUUGAGGUCUUUCAGGGAGAGUAUGAGCGUCUGAAACCAAAAGAUAUUCAGCUAAAGGAAAAUGAGGUCUGA